AACCUUGAUAGAAGAGAGCACUCUGACCACACUUACUAACUAACUUCCCCUUAAGUAACGAGUGCAUCAAGUAACGUAACAGCUAUCGCGUAGUUACCGUUAGCUAGCUAGCUAUCGCUUUAGCUGCAACUGGCUCGUCUUGAAGCUAGCUUAGUCUGUUCCCCGCUGCGUUGGGACCCUUCUUAUGAACAGUCUAUGGUUAGGACAGAGGAGACGAGAUAUCUGUGAAAGAGUUGAGCACUCAGAGAAGACUAACAGGGCCGUACUAACGUUAACCACGGACUCAGGGCAAACAAACAAACAAAGCCGGUGUUUCUCCCACGUUCUGUGUAAUAUAUCUCUGUUUGGUGAUGCUUGAGAAGAUAGGCUGAACGAGAAAGAACAAAAGAAAAAGUGCAGAGGAAGGAAAGGACGCAGAAAGGAGACAAAUCUAAAAGAAAGAAGAUGCCCAAUAUCCGGCAGCUGAGGAAGAGAGAGAGUAAGAGGCCCAGAUGGACCAAAGAAGCCAUGGGGCAGGCCAUGCAGGAGGUGCAGGCAGGCAGGCAAACUCUAAGGCGUGCAGCCAAGCAAUUUGGAGUCCCAAAGUCUAGCCUGUCAGACCGAAUCAGUGGACGUGUAGCCACUGAUUGCAUCUAUGGCCAAAGCCAGCUUCUCACCCCUGAAGAUGAGAAUUCGCUGGUGGAGUAUUGUUUGUACUCUGCCAGUCACGGGUGUCCUCAAAGAAAGUAUCAGGUUGUGGCCCAAGCUCUGGCCAUUUAUAAUUAUCGUAAUCCGCACAAACCCAGGUCUGUUCUCGGCCAAACCUGGUGGAUUAAUUUCAAGGAGCGGAACCACCAUCGCCUUACCUCCCAGACCCCAGACAUUAUUGACCACGGUAAUAAACCACGCACAAACAAAAGGGGUUCAGUCAAAGACAUCCCCCUUUCCCGGUUACCCCCGCAUGAGAGUCCGCCUUCCUCUCCAUCAUCCGAUCCCUACCUCACCCAUCCGCUGGUAGCAUCAGGGCACAUAACUGUGGAACUGGCCCAUGUCUUGUCCAAAACCAACCAAACCUGUGAAACCCGAAAGGUCAGGGGAAGUGCCUACGUGCUGACAGCACAGGAAAUGUCAGAUGUCAUCAAGAAGGUGGAGGAGAGUGCAGCAAGAGUGGAGGCCAGAAGUGUGAAGCGACAGGGGGCGGAAGACACCGAACUGGCAGUCUCUUCCUCUACCUUACCCGGUGGCUCUCGUCUCGGCCGCAAAAGACGCCUUCCCUCUGGGGCCCAUCCAGACACCAGUUGCGGUGCUGCUGGCCCCUCAGCCCUCUUUGUUCCCACUUGUGCAUCCCACAGCGCCUCAAUCAGCCCCAGCAGCACACCAACCAACACCAGCUUGUCUUCCAAUGACCGGCAUCAUAAAAUUGUAGAAGCUUCCAACCUGUGGCAGACCUCCUCCAUGCCUCUAGGUCCCCUGUUUCCUGGCUCCUCCUCCUCAACUGCUGAACCCACAACAUCCACUGGUACGCCGAACGGUCUUAACUUGUAAAACACCCAUGAAAAUUUGGCAAUUUCCUCACACGUGUUCUGUUUUUUUUUCUUUUCCCCCCUCUGAGUAGGUCACAUAGCUGCAAAGAAGAAAAAAUGUGAAAAGAAGAUUUUGCGAUGCGGACGGUGCAGACAGCCUUAUCCUCCAAAGGAUCCAGAAGGAUUGGUUUUGUGGGUUCAAUGUGACAACUGCCACAAGAUGUUUCACACCAUUUGUGUGAGCACAGAGAUGGACUUGGACGACGAUGAAUUUUGGUGUUUUUGGUGUCUUGAUGUUUGAUUUUAGUGUGAUUUAUCAUGGCUCGUGAUAAAUUCACUUUCAUUUUUGAAUUCAUUUUCAUUUUGGAUUUAUUUUCAAUUCAUUUUCAAUUUACAAUUUUACAACACUGACAUUAAAAACAGUAAGGGUUAGAGACUGCUGUAUUUGCAGAUUGCAAAUUGUAGUAACAUCUUGCCGUGCAUUAUGAGUGCAAAUGCAUGUUUUGCAGAACACACAGUUUGAAAUAAGGGGAGCAUUUGCACAGGCCCCAGCUGGUGUUGGUAUGCACUGAAAAUUGGAAAAUUCUGAGCCUUUAUAUGAUCUGCAAUGUAUGUCUUAACAUCAGAAAGGUGCAAUUUUACAUUAAAUUGACUCAGUUUCUGAAAAAUACCACAUGGGGGCAGUAGUUUACAUACAAGGAAGUCAGUCAUGGACAUGAUAAAAUGUAUUUGCAAAUGUUAUGUGUGUCAGGCUUACUGCAAUAAAGAUGUUAUAAAAAUGUUUGUGACUCCAAAACAUAUUUACAUGCUCAGAGACAUUUUCAGAGAAAUGUUGGUGCUUUUGGUGCAUUAAAUGCAGGGCAUAGAGACUCACUCUCUCUCUCUCUCUCUCUCUCUCUCUCUCUCUCUCUCUCUCUCUCAGCUCAGACAAUCUAUCCUCAGCUGGUGGUGUCCACACUGCAUGCAGCAGUCCGCUGCACCGCCUCUGUGUUUUUGUUGCUCUGCAACUUUCGCAAGAAGCCAACUAGAAGUAAACUGGCAGAUUCCAGAGCCAUGAAGAAGAAGAUGAGUAAUUGCAUUUUAUUUGGCUCUCAUUGUUCUUAUGUGCACUAAUUACACAAACCAUUGAAUCUACCAUUGUGUGAGAUUAAAUAACGAAUGUUUCACAAUUUGUCGCUUUGGCAUCAAUUUCUAAUUAUGUUUACUUGUUUGGAUUUGAUGACAAUCGGACAUCUAAAUUAAAUUGAUCUUCUCUUCCUUCUUUGUGUUUCAGGUUCCAUCUGAAAGUGUGUGAGUGGCAGACUGUGUGUGCAUCUCUGUACAUGCCUGUGUGCGCGUACGUGUGUCACAAUGAAGCACCAGUCUAUCUCUCGAUGGCUGAGCCAGCUGGGACUGCCACAAUACUGCUCAGCGCUGGAGCAGGAAUAUGAUGGUGUCGAGGACCUGCUCCACCUCUCAGAGUACGACCUCUUGGAGCUCGGAGUCCACAACCACCUCCACCGCCUGCACCUUCUCACUUCUCUGCGCCUCCUCCAGGAGCGAGAGAGGAGGAGAGAGUUGAGGAUGAUGGCAGAGGGGCGUUUUGCCAGUCUGCCCAGGUCCCUCCAUGCACACCACUCCCUGGGAGGAGGCACUACACACCCUGGAGUCCCCUCCAACUCCCUCGGUGUCCCCAGCAGCAACACCUGCUCUUCCAGGGGGCUCCAGGCCUCCCUCGCCUCCUCCAUGGACCUCCUCAGCUCCAGACCUGGUUUCCCUCCAGGGCAGGGCAGCGGCCUAUCAGAGCAGUCCACUUCUUCCUACCAGCCAGUCUCCAUUCACGGAACUCUGCCUCGUCGCAAGAGAGGUGGGGCCAACCUCACCCACGGGAACUACACGUGGGACCCCAGAGCCAAUCACACGCAACAGAUACCUUGGGGGAAGGCGUCACUGGUCCCUGGACCCGCCCAUCAACCCAUGACCUCUCCGCUGGUCCAAAAUAUCAUCGAUGACUGUCAUGGUUACAGGGAGCCUGCUGCCGGCCUGGACGCCACGGUGGACUAUGUGAAGUUCUCCAGAGAUCAGUUCAUCGUGGACUGCCCCUCAGAGAAACUCCGCAGGGAGCUGGAGGAAGAACUAAAGCUGAACUGUGAGGAGCCGAGAAGCCACGCGUGGUACCACGGAGCGAUUCCCAGACAGGUUGCAGAAAACUUGGUGCAGCGUGACGGAGAUUUCCUGAUCCGUGAUUCGCUGUCCAGUCCAGGAAGUUAUGUUCUGACCUGCCAGUGGCGAAAUGCUGCCCAGCACUUUAAAAUCAACAAGAAGGUCGUGAUGCUGAACGAAGCCUACUCCAGAGUCGAGUACCGGCUGGAGAGAGAAGGGUUUGACAACGUCCCUGCACUUAUACGAUACUAUGUCGGCAACAGAAAGUCUGUCUCCCAGGUGGUGGGAGCCAUCGUCUUCCAGCCAAUCAACAGAGGGCUGCCGCUACGCUGCUUGGAGGAAAAGUACGGCCUGUCCAGCCAUCACCGAGAGGCGCUCAUGACGCAGGAGCGGCAGAGUCGGAAGCGCCUCAGCCUCAACAUUACCAACGGACACACACAGGACAACACGCACACCGUGCAACACAGCACACACUGCCGGGACAACGGCAUGAGCCGAGGCAGCCAGCUCAGGUUGAAGGAUCGCUGUGGCAGCCAACCAGCAAGUCUCAAUCAGGUCCCAGAGAGGCGAGGCCCGCUCAAGGCGCACCAAUCGGAAAGCUACCUGCCUCUCGGAUCCAAACCGCAGCCCCAGCGGUCUCCUGAUCCUCUCCUCCCGAGCCCGAACCCCAAGUCUCCGGUCUUUCGGACGGGCAGUGAGCCGGCGCUGAGCCCCUCUGUGCCACGGAGGUCUGCAGAGCUUCUGGCAGGCCAGGCCAUCCGGGGCUCUGACAGCCAGCUGUGUCCCAAACCGCCUCCCAAACCCAGCAAGGUGCCUACAUGGAGGAGUGAAGCCACCAGAGGCCCUUCUGUACCUCCAGUCAAACCCCCGAAGUUCCUCCAUCAGCGCCGCCCUGCAGACUCUCUCGGGUCCUCCGCUGAACUUCUUCAGGGUUCACAUCCAGAAGCAGACACAGGACGAACUGAUCGGCUGCAGCCGAGCCCUGCGGACCUGAGGUCUUUCAGCCCGCUGGAGUGGCAGGAAUCGAAUCCCCUUAACCCCAUCACAGACCUCCAAAUUCAGCCUCCGCUCUGCAGCUACGUGGAGAGACUGAGGAGAGAGGGGGAGGGAUGGAGAGAGGAGGAGGAGGAGGAGGAGGGGGAGGAGGAGGAGGAGGAGGCGGGAGGGAGGAAAGGACUGGACAGAAGCUCCUACCAUCACGCCAUCGCCGCCUUAGAAAACACCAGUGAGGACGAGGAGGAGGACGCAGGGAGGGAGGAGGAGGAGGAGGAGGAGGAGGAAGACAAGAGGAGCAGUUUUCAUCGGCCGGUCGAAGAGACCGAGUCGACGUUUCAGCCGGCAGAGUUCGGAUCUCGACUUCUGCCGCCAGAGAACAAACCGCUGGAGAUGGUGGUUCUGAAGAGAGCGAAGGAGCUGCUGCUCAGCCACGAUCACCACAGUAUCGCCAGACACCUGCUGAUGGCCGACUGCCAGGUUGCGAGGAUAGUCGGAGUGACUCCAGAGGUUAAAGGUCAGAUGGGCGUGUCAUCUGGUCUGGAGCUGGUGACGCUUCCCCACGGUCGACAGCUGAGGCUGGACCUGAUGGAAAGGCACCACACCAUGGCAAUAGGCGUUGCCGUGGAUAUUCUGGGAUGCACGGGCAGCGUCGACGAGCGGGCGUUGACCGUAAAUCGCAUCAUUCUGGUGGCGCUGGAGCUGAAGGACACGGUGGGCGACCUGUUCGCUUUCACAGCCCUGAUGAAAGCUCUGGACCUGCCACAGAUCAGCCGCUUGGAGGAAACAUGGACGACUCUACGAAGGAACUACACACAGACCGCCAUCGGCUACGAGAAAACUCUCAAGCCUUUCUACAAGAAUCUGUAUGAGGGCACAGCUUGCUCCCCUCCGGUGGUCUGCGUCCCCCUCCUGCUGCCCCUCCUCACAUUGAUGGAGCGUCCGUCAACCACACCUGAGGGGGCGGAGCUCUGGGAGACCAGCGACCAGGGCUGCGACAUCAUGCUGCGCCACCUGGAGGCGGCACGCGACGUCGCGCACAACGCACACAGCUACACGACCAACACACAGAAGAUCUUACAUGGGUUCUCGUGCGAUGAAGACCUGCUGGAGGUGUUUAAAACAGACUUUCAGCUGCGGCUGCUGUGGGGAAGCCGUGGAGCUUCGGUCAACCAAUCGGAUCGCUUUAACAAAUUCAACCUCAUCCUCACUGCGUUGUCACGGAAACUGGAGCCCCCGGCCAAAACACAGACCUUAAUCUGACUUCAGUAGAACAUCAGGUGGAUCGGAAACGAUCCACGACGAAGGAAAGACGAAUAAACUGUAAUGAGGUGGAAGGUUUAUAGCGACAGAAAUCAAACUUCACAGUAAUCAGCUGCUCACAAUCGUCCUAUUUCUCCAGAUUAAUGCCGGUUUGGUUUCAGACUAUUUAAACCAUUUAAUAUUUCACAAGACAAGUCUGUCAUUCUCCUCUCGUUUAAAAGUCGUUCCGGGGCUCAAACGUAUCAAUGUCCAUCCAGUAAAACUUGAAGUUAAAAAGAAUAAAAGUUUAUUUAGAAUGCACAUUACCCACAGAGUCUCUGCACAAUUCACAGAUUAUUACAUAACACCAGACUCACAACUACGAGGCUUCACGUGUGAAAGUACACACACAUACAGGCAGAAUCUAAAACAAACAGAAUGUUUAUGAAAGAAGGUUGAGAUGAUUGUUAGAUUUUACUCCCUUAUUUCCAUUGCUGGGAUCAGGAGAUGCAGGUUACUAAAUUCGUCCAUGUUUUGGUGACAAAAAUCCUCCAAAUAAAUGGUGAAAAGUACCGUUCGGUCACAGCUAAACUUUAACAAUGACCGUUUAAUGGGGAGUGACUGUUGGUGUGAGCACAGAGCAGACAAGAGAGGCUCAAAGGGAGACGUUGGUCAUGAAAUUGUGCUUUUUCCUGAACAGGCACGUGUUUUAUUUUGACUCUGACAUUCCAGUUAAUGGAGAACAAAGUUCUACGUUGAGACUAAAAGAGAAAAUACAUCAAAUUAGCUGUACAUCUUGUGACGAGAACAUUACAAAUAAAAUGUAAGGAUGUACCCUAAAAGGCGUGAAUGUACUAUGUAUUUAAUCCUGGCAAUUCAGCGUUAUAAUACAAACCACAGCAAUAGUUUUAUAUACUAAGGAAGGAAAUUUACCUUCAAAGUCAACGUCUCUGUUUAUUAUCUGGAUAUGUAUAUAUAGUGUAUUUAAGAGUUCAAAUUAGAUUGCUGGCUGCAUUUAUCUCUUUGUGACCUUUGAUACAAAAUAUAUAGUU